AUUUUUAGUCCGUUUUAUUUUUAAUUGGAAUAGUGACAAAAAAAUUUUGAGUAGAACCAAAAGCAAUUCACCUUCUGUAAGGGCAGUUCACCUUUUGACAAUUGGAAGAAUAAACCUUUACUGGAGGGGCAAUUCACUAAUUCACCCAAACACCCUCUAAAAAUUUACCUCUGAAGAGGAAGUUCACCUCUAAAAGUUAACUUUCUGGCUAUCAUCUUCUGGAAGGGCAAUUCACCCUCUGACCCACAAAACCCUCCAAAAGACACACUUUUUUUGAUAAAAUUUUUUUAUUUAUUUAGGCAAAUGGUAUGACUAAAACCCAAGGGCAUUCAUAUGAUACCCAAUCUCCCUCACAAAUUAAUCAGUUUUCGCAUCCUCUCACUUUGGAUACAUCAGAACCAACAACACAAGAACAUUUAGAAAAUUUUACUCACGAAUUGAGACACGAAGAAGCUCAAGAAAUACCUCUAGAUUUUAGGUAUCUAAUUAUAAAUUUUCAAAAUAUUUUCUCAAAUAUUAUUUUUAGCGUUAUAAAGCAUGGAAUCAAAAAACAUUUGACCAGAAAUAAAACAAAAUCGGUUAUUUGUACUCCAUCAACAAAUGAAGGAGGAGAAACUUCAACAUGUUACAAACACAAGGCAUGUGAACAGCCGCUUCCUUUAACUACUACAAUUCCUGAAAGCCUUCCUCCACCUACAGAAUUGCCUCACCCCUCACUUGUCUUUCCCGAGAGAAAAACUGUUUUGGAAAUUACUGGACCACCUCUACCCUCUUCUUCAAUAAAUUCUCAACAAACUUCAUUCCCUUCAUUUUCUUCUCAACAACUUUGUUGCCAGCAUGGUAAACAACAACAACAAACAAAUACAAAUUCUCCUUCUUCUAUUUUCCGCCCUCUCGCAAAUUUUUUACUUUCAAAAUCAGAACAAAAACAUCAUUAUUUAACUGGAUUGCUUAACCCUAUUGAACCACAAUUAAAUUCAAAAAUAUCCAAAGAGAAGGGAAAAGUAGAUGAAGAAUUACAACAACCCUCCUCUUCAAAACAAAUUAAUUCUGCCAACAAAGGCAUCUUUUUAAAUUGAAUAACCAGUCGUUUAUAAUAGUCAGACCUCUCUAUAGAUACCUAAAAGUGUCUCUUAUAAUGAGUUGUACGUUGAAUAUUGGGAGUCGUUUAGGUAGCCCCCCCC